UUUACUUUUUUUUAAUCUUAUAAUUAUUAUCCACAGCCCCCUUUACUGUGAACCUCUUGCUUGCCUAACAGAAUUGCUAUUGUGACAUCCAGUGGACACAUUUAGAACAGCAGUUUCUUUUAUUAAAAAAAAAAAAAAAAAAAAAAGCAGCUCAUUUUUAUACUUGGCAAAUUCAUCACGCGGGUGGGAAAAAACGUGUUAGCUUUGACACCCCUGCCUUAGUGUGAGACUCCAGAGAGGGACAAGCGGUAGGAAAUGGAUGAAUCAAUGUGUGGUCUAUUCAAAAACAUUUAAAUGUGUGUAAAAAUAAUGUAUAUAAAAGUUCAGUCAACUAAAUAUUUUUCGACUCCCCAGGGGCCCCGGGCCCCUUAUGUGCGAGUGUACCUAAUGUUGUGGCCAGAAGGGUCCUGAUUGGUUUGCCAGGAAGAAGCAGCAGGAGGUUCCUCCAUCAAGGAAGAGGAAGAGGAGGAGGAGGAGGAGCGCACUCGCACUCAGCCGUCCGCGGGAAAAGUGUCGGCCAGGUGCCGGGUGAUGGACGGCGGGUAGACGCGGCCAUGGCGGCGGACUCUAGCGGCAGGAUCACCCCGGAGAUGCUGCAGGAGACCCUGCAGUACUACAACCUGAGCCGGCAGGACUUCAUCAGCACCUACAACAUCCAGCCUCUGGUCUACGUGCCCGAGCUGCCCCGCGGCGCCAAGACCGCCUUCGUGCUGAUGUACGCGCUCAUCUUCCUGCUGGCGCUGGCCGGCAACAGUCUGGUCAUCUGCGUGGUGCUGAAGAAGAGAGCCGUGCACACCAACACCGACAUCUUCAUCUGCUCCCUGGCCGUCAGCGACCUGCUCAUCACCUUCUUCUGCGUGCCCUUCACCCUGCUGCAGAACAUCUCCUCCGAGUGGUUCGGAGGCGUUCUGGUGUGCAAGACGGUUCCUUUCGUGCAGACCACGGCGGUGGUGACGGGCAUCCUCACCAUGACCUGCAUCGCCAUCGAGAGAUACCAGGGCAUCGUCUUCCCGCUACGAAUGAGGCGACAGUCCACGUCCAAAAGGGCGUACAAGAUGCUGGGGCUCGUGUGGAUGGCAUCAGUCGUUGUUGGUUCUCCUAUGCUUUUUGUGCAACAGCUGAAGGUGAAGUACGACUUUGUGUACGACCACCACCACGUGUGCUGCCAGGAGAUCUGGCGCUCGCUGACUCACAGGCAGGCGUACACCACCUUCAUCAUGGUGGCGCUGUUCCUGCUGCCCCUGGCCGCCAUGCUCUUCCUCUACACCCGCAUCGCCUUUGAGCUGUGGAUCCGCAAGAGGGUGGGCGACUCGUCCGUGCUCAACACCAUGAACGACCGGGAGCUGGUCAAGAUCUCCAGGAAAAAGAAGCGAGCCGUCAAGAUGAUGAUCACCAUCGUCCUGCUCUUCACCGUCUGCUGGGCGCCUUUCCACACCGUCCACAUGCUCUUUGAAUACUACAACUUGGAGAACAAAUACGACGACGUGACGUUGAACAUGAUCGUCGCCGUGGUGCAGGCCAUCGGCUUCUUCAACAGCUUCAACAACCCCAUCGUGUACGCCUUCAUGAACGAGAACUUCCAGAAGAGCUGCGUCUCCACGCUGUCGCAGUGCAUGAGGAAGCAGAACCGCGCCGUGGCCGCCGCGCCUCCCCCUCCGCCUCCCCCGCCUAAAGUCGCCGUGCAGUUCAUCAGGCUGCAAACCCGAGAGGAAUUCCUGGAAUCCAAGGAGGGCGCGCAGCAGCAGGCCAGGUCCGACAAAGGUCAAUCGAGUUCAUCGCGCGGCGAAACCUCCUUGCCGUUGGUCGGUGAGAAGAUCUCAACCAUUCAGACGGAGCUCGCGGCCAACUCUCAGGAGACAUGA